CCCAUCUCUCGACGCGACAGCGAAACCACACCACCCAUCUCUCGACGAGGCAGCGAAGUCGAAACCACAAUCUCUAGACGAAACAGCGACAUUGCAUUGGAACCUCGUCAGGCCUGCGAUAUUGAAGAUGGCGAUCCGAUCAGAGGUGUCAACCUCGGUGGCUGGCUUGUCCUCGAACCCUGGAUGAACUGGGAGCUCGUCGGGAACACUGGUGCUGUUGACCAAUGGACAUUCGACCAAACCGACAAUGCACAGUCGGCACUUCAAUCACAUUGGGGUUCUUGGUUUACCGAAUCCGACAUGGCGACAAUUGCCUCAUGGGGUCUCAAUACUGUGCGCAUCCCCAUCGGGUACUGGGCCUUCAACAACACUGACAGCCCUUACAUCUCCGGCGCAGAUGCCUAUCUGGAACAAGCCUUGGGCUGGGCCAGGAAGUACAACAUCCAAGCACUGAUCUGCAUGCACGGUCUCCCUGGUUCUCAAAACGGCUUCGACAACUCUGGCCACAAGGGCAAUGCCGAAUGGGCAGAAAACACUGAAAACCUUGCCGCAUCAACCGCAGUCCUCGAAAUCAUGGCAGCCAAAUAUGGUGUCGCUGCUUAUGCUGAUGUCGUCUGGGGUUUGGAAUUGGUCAACGAACCCAUCGUGUGGGACUAUGAUUCUGCCCGCAGUGCCCAGCAAUGGGCAGUCGACACGGUCAAUGCCAUGCGCACCCACAUCACGAACUCGGACUUGAAACUCAUCAUGCACGACGCCUUUCUCGGCGCAAAGGCGUGGAGUGCAGUCGCCGAAAACCUCAACUUUGACGCCGACAGCGAGAACUUCGUCUUGGACGUGCAUCUCUAUCAAAACCAAGGUGGCGAUACCAACAACAUGGAUCAAGACCAACACAUUGCCACCGUGUGCGACUACCCAAACACACAAUUCGUGCCCGAGUCUGCACACUUGCCCGUCAUUGUCGGCGAGUUUAGCGAUCAGACCAACAUCUGUGUCGACUCUUCCGGCAACGUCACAGCAGGCACCUCUUGCAGCACGUCAGGAUGCCAAUGCUCAGCACAACUGGAUCCUUCGCAGUGGAACUCCUAUCUCGUGGCAGCGACCAGAAGAUUCAUGGAAGCGCAAAUGGACGUGUUUGAAGAAUACAGCGGUGGCUGGUUCUUGUGGAGUUAUCAGGGACCUGGCGCUUGGGGCAUGGGUAACUUGCUCAAAGCCGGUGUCAUUGGCCCUGAUCAUAUUACCCAGCGCCAAUUCCCUGCGCAGUGUAAUGGCACAAGCUCGUCU